CUCGAGGAAAUUUCAAAAACCUUCUUUUUUUAAUAAAAAAAACCUAGUUAAACAGAAGCAUUGGGUUUAGCGGGAGUUUAAUUGAACUCGGUUGUUAGUGGCUAAAGAAGAAAAUGGAUUCAAAAUCUGUAAAGGAGUUCAUAAGAAAUGAAGUACCCGAUUGGGACGACGAAUUGAUCGCAACAUCCCGAUUUAAAGCGUUUAGUGGUCAAAAAUCCGAUUGGGAACCCAAAUUUCAGUUCUGGAAAAAUUUGAUCAUAAAAAUAUCCGGCCACUUUGGUAUCUUCAUCAUUUCACCUUCCCAGGUGAAAAAUGAGUGGUUUAAUAGAGGGGGCUUAACUCCUUUGUGUAUUGAUCAAGUAUUGUUUUUGAUGUAUAACGAAGGUGAAGUAACCCGAAUUUCGGACAUGAAGGAGCCUUAUAGCAGGAGAAUAACUCAGUUAUUUCAUAAAGUGAAAAGAUUGAUGAACAGAGCAAUAACUCCGGAUAGUAUUCUUCUUGAAGAUAGUGUCGUUCUUACAACAUUAUUGAAGGAAAGAAAAGAUGAAUUAGUUAAGUGUUUGUCCGAAAGUCACUGGAAUUUGAAUUGCGUUGUUACGAGGAAGAAGUUUGAGAGUAUGUGUGGAGGACAAAAGGAAGCCUAUGCAGUAUUGAGUUAUUUAUCUGAGUUUGGGAAAGGUCGAUAUUUCUCAACCAACAAGAAGGAACUAAUUGAGGGCAUAAAAGUUUCCCUUUCGUCGGAAGUGGUGUCAGCUAUCUCGAGCUUAGAUUUCGACACACUCCACCUGAUUUGGACUCAAGAAAAACUUCAGCAACAACUUGAUGUGAUUGACCGGCGCUGGGAAAUGUCUAGACAGUCAGCAUUAGCUUCAUUGAAGUCUGGGAACAAGAAAUUGGCCCUGAGGCACGCGAGGGAGAUGAAGUUGGGCACUGAGAGUAGAGAAAAAUGUAACUCACUUCUUAACAGGGUGGAAGAAGUGUUAAGUGUUAUUGCGAAUGCGGAAUCAACAAAGAAGGUAGCUGAAGCAAUCCAGAUCGGAGCACGAGCAAUAAAGGAGAAUAAGAUAAGUGUAGAAGAAGUUCAGCUUUGUUUAGAUGAACUUGAUGAGAUCAUUGAUUCACAAAAGCAAGUUGAAAAGGCUAUAGAAUCUGCUCCGUACCUGGACACGGAAGACGAAGAUAUUGAAGAGGAAUUCAUGAAAUUGGAGCUAGAAUUUGGAAAUGAAAACCUUGAAGAUCUGAAUCCUGAAACUGGGGUUAGUGAUACGGCUGGAAUCGAUCAAUCUUUGGCUGAUGCUUUGUCGAAUCUAAAGUUAGUUGACGCUCCAGCCAAGGAAUCAGCAAUACAGAAUUCUCGGAUGCCAGCUAAGAGUAAGGAGUUGAACAACCCUAUGCUUGAAGCUGCGUAAAUAUGAAUGUUGUACCGGUGCCGAUAUUCAAAUUUUAAUAUCUACAAUGAAAAAACGAUGUUAGAUUUGACACUAUUCGCUGACACUUUCCGUCGUCUUCGGUGUCCAAAGUCUCAAAGUUUCUGCUUUAGUUGGAUGCUAAAGGCUGAAGAACAUGUUUAAAGCAAUGCUGAGAAAACAACACCGGUAAGCAUAAA